CCUCUCUGCACUGAGGGAGGAGGUACUGCUGUUGGAGACUGACUGUAGGACUAUAAUCACAGACUGCAGUCAAAGACUUUCACCAUGACUGUUAUAACCAGCCUACUUCUGAUCACAGCAAUCUUUGCCAGUGUUAAAUGUCAAACACUGAUUGAGUCUGAACCAGCAGUUAAAAAGCCUGGAGAAUCUCACAUGCUGACCUGUACACCCUCUGGGUUCUCAUUCAGACACUACUAUUUGCACUGGAUCAGACAUGCUCCUGGGAAAGGGCUGGAGUGGGUGGCCGAGAUCAGUCCUAAUAGCGAUGUCACAUGGUAUGCCAAUUCUGUUCAGGGAAGAUUCACCAUCUCCAGAGACAACAGCAAGAACCAGCUGUAUUUACAGAUGAACAGGCUGGCAGCUGAAGACACUGCUGUGUAUUACUGUUCCAGAGACACACACUAUAGCUACUUUGACUACUGGGGUAAAGGCACUCAAGUCACCGUUGCCACAACAUGUGCACCAACCUCCCUCUUGCCUCUAAUGGCAUGCGGGUCUAAAGGAUCCGAUCAGCUGACCCUGGCCUGCAUCGCCCGCAACUUUUCGCCUGCUUCUUCCGUGACCUUCCAGUGGAAGGGCCCCAGCGGACGAGCCGUGUCUGACUUCACUCAGUACCCAGCAGUGCAGAUCAAUGAGUUCUACACGAGCAUCAGUCAUGUCAGUGUAAAAGCGGCAGAGCGGGAGUCCUACAGUUGCUCCGUGACCCAUCCCUCACAGUGUAUGAACAAGGAAGUGACUUUCCAGAAACCAGAUGGUCACUGUGUGGAACUCACACAGCCAGGCUCUAUGGUUGUAAAACCAGGACAGUCUCUGACCAUCUCCUGUAAAGUCUCUGGGUAUUCCCUGACUGAUAGCAGCUAUGCUACACACUGGAUCAGACAGCCUGCAGGGAAAGCUCUGGAGUGGGUGGGAGGAGGGGGCAGCAGUGCCCUAAGAAUAGAUACUAUGACCUUCAUCUUCAGAUUUUCUUAA